GCGGCGGCGGCAGCGGGAGGCGGCGGGGGGAGCGGGAGCCACUGAGAUGAGGAGGCGCCGCGCGCGCCUGUAGCUCGCGGGCCUCUCAGAGAAUGUCAAUCUGGACAGAGAUCAAGGCAGAGGAUACAUACUGCUUUACUACAAUAGGAAUUAUAAAACUUAGGUGCACGUUGAGUAAGAUGUUGUGGUGGAGACAUAGCUAGUUUGUUUGCCUAAUCUGGACUUGAAGCAAUUCAACUACUAGAAAUCUGCCAUUCUACAGUAUCACAAUUGGGAAGAAGCAGGUUUUCAAAUAAUGGAAGAGUCUAAGACCUCUAAAAAUGAAAAUCAUGAACCAAAGAAGAAUGCUUGGGCUCUUUCUGAAGAAAGCAAAGCAGUUAAAGUUAUAUCUAAUCAAACUUUGAAAGCUAGAAAUGAUAAAUCCAUAAAAGAAAUUGGGACCAGCUCUCCAAAUAGGAAUAGUAGUAAAAAAAAUAAGCAAAAUGAUAUUUGUAUAGAAAAGACAGAAGUUAAAUCAUGUAAAGUAAAUGCUGCCAACGUAGCAAGUCCUAAAGAUUUGGGAUUAGUCCUUCGAGAUCAAAGUCAUUGCAAAACAAAAAAAUCACCUAAUUCACCGGUAAAAGCAGAGAAGGUACCUGUUUCACAGGCAAAAGCAGAAAAGUCACCAAAGUCAUCUAAUUCACCAGUGAAAACAGAAAAGACAUCCAGCUCCCAGGCAAUAGCAGCAGAAAAGGCACUUAGUUCACAGAGGAAAACAGAAAAAGUACCCAUUGCUCAGAUGAAAUCAGAAAAGGUCCCUGGUUCGCUAACAGAACCAGAGAAGGCACCCAGUUUACCGUUUAAAGAAAACAUGCGACAGAUAGAAUUACAGCAGAUUGGAAGAAAAAUUCCAAGUUCCUUUACUUCUCUGGACAAAGUGAAUAUUGAUGUUGUAGAGGGAGAAAAAUCUGCUUUGGAAAACUCACCACGAUCUCAGAAGCAACAAGCAUGUACAGAUAAUACUGGUGAUUCUGAUGAUAGUGCUUCGGGAAUUGAAGACAUAUCAGAUGAUUUGAGUAAAAUGAAGAAUGAUGAAUCUAAUAAAGAAAAUUCUUCAGAGAUGGACUAUUUAGAAAAUGCUACUGUGAUAGAUGAAUCUGCAUUGACACCUGAGCAGAGGCUAGGCUUGAAACAAGCAGAAGAACGCUUAGAAAGAGAUCACAUCUUUCGACUUGAAAAACGCUCACCAGAAUAUACCAAUUGCCGAUAUCUAUGCAAACUUUGCUUAAUUCACAUUGAAAACAUCCAGGGAGCUCAUAAACAUAUAAAGGAGAAACGACAUAAGAAAAAUAUUUUGGAAAAACAGGAAGAAAGUGAGCUUCGUUCUCUGCCACCUCCUUCCCCUGCCCACUUGGCUGCUUUAAGUGUUGCAGUUAUUGAAUUAGCAAAAGAACACGGAAUAACAGAUGAUGACCUCAGGGUCCGUCAGGAAAUUGUGGAGGAAAUGUCAAAGGUUGUAACAACAUUUUUACCAGAGUGUUCACUUAGGUUGUAUGGCUCAUCUCUGACUAAGUUUGCUCUGAAAAGUAGUGAUGUUAAUAUAGAUAUAAAAUUUCCUCCCAGGAUGAAUCAUCCAGAUCUUCUGAUACAAGUGCUUGGGAUUUUAAAAAAAAGUGUAUUAUAUAUAGAUGUGGAAUCUGAUUUUCAUGCCAAAGUUCCUGUUGUGGUGUGCAAAGAUCGGAAAAGUGGUUUACUUUGUAGAGUGAGUGCAGGAAAUGAUAUGGCAUGCCUCACUACUGAUUUACUUGCUGCUCUUGGCAAGGCGGAACCUGUUUUUACUCCUUUGGUGUUAGCCUUUCGCUACUGGGCUAAGGUAAGUGGAACAGAAGAAAAAAGUACUUAUCUUUAAGAUAACUCAGGCUUUUUCCUGUACUAACAUGUAAGAUAAAUCAUAAUAUAUGGGGAUAAAAUAGUUAUCUGUGCCAGACAGAAAAUGAUGUGGCAGGUUCUGAUUAUGGACAUGAAAAUGAAGUCUCCUAGACAUACAGAGUAAUUGAUAUAUUUUAUUAUUCUCCUUUUAUGUAGUACAGAAACAUUUUCUUUCACAUAACAAAUGAGGCUCAAGUUUUCACCCUUAAUGUAAGUUAAAGUUGUAAGAUGUGGUUAUGCAAGUUAAUGCAUAGGUUUGCAAGGUUUUUUUGUUAGCAUCUUUUUUCCUGUCUCUGUCUCAGAACAUUGUUCUCUUUCCUCUAAGUUACUGAUAACCUACAGCAAUUUCUACUCGGGUAACUGCUGAGAAUCAGUUAUCUGUUUCUUAAAUUAGAAUUAAUUUUGAAAGGCUGUGGUAUCCUUUGUUGUCAUUUCUUUGGUAUGGAGGUAAGGAGGAGUGAUAAAGUCACUACCAUUAUCAGUCCAAAAGACUAGAGAG